AUGUUGGAAGGACUGGUCGCCGGUCUUCUUAAUCGAUUCCUGGGCAUGUAUGUUCAGAACUUCGACCCAACACAGCUCAAAGUUGGUAUCUGGUCUGGCGAUGUCAAGCUGCGGAACCUCGAGUUGCGCCGUGAGGCUCUUGACCAGUUGAAGUUGCCAAUUAACGUUGUGGAGGGCCACCUCGGAGAGCUAACGCUGGUUAUUCCGUGGUCUAAUCUUCGUGGUGCCCCCGUCAAGGUCUUUAUCGAAGAUGUUUUUCUCCUGGCCAGUCCGAAGGAGGAGGCUGAAUACGACGAAGAGGAGGAGGAACGUAGAAGGCAGAGGCUCAAAUUGGAAAAGCUAGACAGCGCCGAAAUACUCAAGGAACGAAACCGAGAAGGUAUGAGCCAGGAGGAGCAAAAGAAAAGCCAAAGCUUCACACAAAGUUUGGUCACCAAGGUUGUCGAUAAUUUGCAGGUUACCGUCAAAAACAUUCACGUUCGGUACGAAGAUUCAAUUUCUGCCCCGGGACACCCUUUCGCCCUGGGGUUGACCUUGGAAGAAUUCAGUGCCGUCAGCACUGAUGGACAAUGGAAGCCCACGUUCAUUCAGGACUCCAGCACCACAACACAUAAGCUGGCAACCCUAGGCGCCUUGGCCGUAUACUGGAAUACGGACUCAGACCUGUUUGGGUCCGGUCGCGAGGCAUCUUCGCCGCUCAAGGAGCCCCUGCCGCACGACGAGAUGGUGCAAAAGUUCAAGGGCAUGGUUGGCAAGGCAAACGCCCUUGCCUCCAACCACCAGUUCAUCUUACGCCCAGUGAAUGGGCAGGCAAAAAUCGAAAUUGACAAGUCUGGUGAUAUCCACGCCCCAAAAUUCAAAGCCAAUCUGCUUUUCGAAGAGAUUGGUCUCGUUCUUGAUGAUGAUCAAUAUCGCGAUGCGCUGAUGAUGGUGGAUUUGUUCCAUUACUUCAUUCGUCACCAGGAGUACAAGUCAUUGAAACCGAAAGGUGUGCGGCCCAAGGAAGAUCCUCGCGCCUGGCUCCUCUUUGCCGGUAAUGCUGUCCUAAAUAAGAUACAUGAAAGGAACCGCAAGUGGUCCUGGGACUAUUUCCGAGAAAGACGCGACGAUCGACAGCGAUACAUUGAGCUGUUCAUGAAGCAGAAACAGCAGCAGCAAUUCACAACAGAAGAAAGUGAAGAGUUUCGAAAGCUUGAGUGCAAGUUGGAAUAUGAAGAUCUCCGGUUCUGGAGAUCGUUGGCACGAAACCAGCUCAAGAAAGAAAAUGCGGAAGCCCUAAGGAAGCAGCCCCAGCUGCAACAACAACAGCAAGGCUGGCUAGCUUGGAUGUGGGGAUCGAAGCCUCAGGGGACGAUAGAAGAAAACGAAGAAAAUACUCAGAUGACUGAGGAGCAGCGAAAGGAACUGUAUGAAAUGAUUGAAUGGGACGAGAAGCAAGCACUGGCCGAGGAAGUAGACGUCCCUAGGGAGGCUGUAAAGCUAUGUCUUGAGGCCUCUUUGAGCACGGGCAGUUUUACAUUGAAGAAAAGCCCGCAUGAUAAUCCUUCCGAUCUUCUGAGUCUUCACUUCGAUGUCUUCAAGGCAAAAGCACUUCAGCGAAAGGACUCCGUAUUGGCCAAUAUCAGUCUCGGCGGCCUACGCGUGAAUGAUGGAACGACCCCGGACAGUCUGUACCCCGAGAUUGUCCGCGUCAAGGAUGCUCCUGAGGUCAGGAAACGAAAGAGCCUAUCGUUGAAGGAGCUGGAAAUUGACAAGGAAGAGCCAUUCUUCCAGUUCGAAAUCGAAAAGAAUCCUAUAGAACGCGAGGGUGACUUUGCCAUUGUCGGAAAACUAAAACCUCUUGAAGUCGUAUGGAAUCCCAACUUUGUUGUUGGCAUUGUUGAUUUCUUCCGGCCGCCAGAGAGGCACAUGGAAUCCAUCACAGCUUUGAUGGAAAGCGCUGGCGCAACCGUUGAGGGUAUCAGAGAGCAAACUCGUGCAGGGCUGGAAUUUGCCCUCGAAGAGCACAAAACUGUGAAUGCUGAGCUAGAUCUACAGGCCCCGCUCAUCAUCGUGCCCGUGAGCAUCACGACUGCGAACUCAACUUGCUUGAUUGUUGAUGCUGGCCAUAUUCAUGUCAACAGUCAAUUGGUAGAUAACAAGACCAUGAACGAAAUCCAGUCAAAGCAACGGCAAUCUUACAGCGAGGCUGACUUUCAGCGCCUCGAAUCGGCAAUGUACGACAAAUUUAUCGUCAAGCUCACAUCAACACAAGUACUCAUUGGUCCAUCGAUCGAAGAAACCAAGAAGCAACUGGUUAAGAAAAGUGCGGACUCUCAGCUACAUGUCGUGGAAAAAAUCAAUGUCGACUUCGUCGUUGAAACUUCCAUUUUACCCAAAGCUCCAAAUCUUACAAAGCUACGAGUUUCUGGUCACCUUCCAAUGUUGCACGCGACUGUAUCUGACUCGAAAUACAAGAACCUGAUGAAGGUUAUUGACGCGGCAAUUCCAAAAUUAGGACAAAGUCAACAACCAGAACCGUCCUCUGAGAAUAGUCAAACACUUCAGCAACGACCACGGCUUCUUAGUGCUAAUUCUACACGAUCGCGAAGAAGGUCUCAACGAGAACGCCGACAAUCCUCUGCUUUCCCAUUUAUGCAACCACAGAGUGCUGUAAUACUCGAAGACAUCGACGACGAUGAAGACGACUUCGAAGACGCGACGGACGGAGUGGACGGGCAGCAACUAAAAAUCCAACAAAGGAGCUUUGAAUUUAACUUCAAAGUCGAUACACUCAAGGGCUCACUCUACAGAAGCGACCCAGACCGCGCCAAACCCGACACGCUUCUCGUUGAGCUUGUGGCUGAGCGCUUUGAUCUUGCCUUUUAUACCAGAACGUACGAUAUGGCAGCCGAAGUGUCGCUGGGCUCCGUUGCGGUCGAAGAUUUUGUCGAAAACCCCCCUGGAGAGUUCAAGUCUAUUGUUUCUUCUGGAGAUAGCGAAGAUUUGAAAGCAGGGCGAAGCCUCGUUCAUGUAAAAUUCAUGAAGAUCAAUAGACAGUCGCCAGAAUUCAUGCCGGUGUACGAGGGUGUGGAGACCAACAUCACUGCUGUUAUAUCAACUAUCAACAUUGUCGUCACUCGUAAAACGCUCUUGACUCUUCUUGAUUUCAUCUUGAUCACAUUUACGGGUGGCAAUAACGAUCAAGAAGCUCCAUCGGCACCAACCAUUGCGGCAGGGGAAGGCAGCGACGAACCGCAGCUUGAGCAGAGCAUUGUCGACGCCCCAAAGCCCAAUGGAAAUGUUGGGUCGAUUCGUGUCAAGGUUGACUUGAAGGCCAUCCGCCUUAUUCUCAAUAACGAUGGUAUCAGGUUGGCCACCCUCUCAUUCAACCAUGGUGAUGCCGGCAUCUAUAUCAGUGGAAAAGCGAUGCGCAUCUCCGCUAGACUGGGUGACUUGUCACUGGUUGAUGAUGUAAACCUUGGCGUCUCGGCUGAUUCGAGUCUUCGGAAGCUUGUUACAAUCCAAGGUGAUGACCUUGCAGACUUCAGGUACCAGACAUUCGACCCUGAAAACCAGAAGGCUUAUCCUGGAUACGACAGCUCAGUUUUUCUCCGAGCUGGGUCUGUCAAGGUUAACUUUGUCGAGGAGCCUUUCCGCAAGAUUAUUGAUUUUCUUGUCAAAUUUGGCAAAAUGCAAGCCUUGUACAAUGCUGCCCGCCAGGCCGCUGUGACUCGUGCCAAUCAGAUCCAGCAGAGCCCGAGCAGGAUCAGAUUUGAUGUUGUUGUAAAGACACCGAUUGUCGUUUUCCCUCGCCUCUACGUGUCUGAACGAGACAAAGGAGAUGCCAUCACGGCGUACCUGGGCGAGAUUUACGCUCAAAAUAAGUUUGUUCCCCUGGAUGAUAGCAAGAACUCCGACAUUGCCAUGAAAAUCUCAGCAGGCAUCAGAAACGUGCGCCUCACCUCCGACUUCCACUAUUCCGAGGACCGAUCGGAAGAGCUUGAGAUGAUCGAUGGUGUGGAUCUGGGCCUCAAUAUUACGUAUAUAGAACAUAAAGAAGGCGUAAAGCGACCUGAUACGGAAAUUGAAGGGACUCUCUCGGACAUCAAGCUUCGUUUGACACAAUACCAACUCAAGACUCUUAUGGAGAUUUCAAAGUCCGUUCCCGCAGCUUUAGCGGGCGAAGGAGAUGAUUCUGAUGAAGAGGCGGCGCGAAUGGUGGAUGAAGGGACGCUGCAGCGCGCUAGAGGUGCUCCUGGUAACGGUAACAAUAGUCAUGAUCAGAGCUUGAUUGACCUCUCACCGGAACUCAGCUCGCUGCAAAAUGCGUGGACGAAGCUUGACUUCAUAUUUCAAGUCAACACUGUUGCUCUUGAACUCAUCAUGGCCGAGGAAGAUGAACCGGUUGGCGAUUUGGCUAAAUCAAGUUUGUCGAGGUUCUCACUAGAUGAUACAAGGUUCAAAACAAGAAUGCUGUCUGACGGCUCUCUUGAGGCAGAACUGCUUAUUCAGUCUUUCACAAUCCAAGACAGUCGUCGGCAAGAAACCAAGUAUCGGCGAAUUAUGACCUCUUCCAACAAGGAAGCGCAGCAAUUGAUGGCGAGUGUGACCAUGUCUGGUGGAAAGGAACGGAGCUUGAUUGCCAUGGCUACUAUUGACAGCCCUCGAAUUAUCUUCGCACUCGACCAUCUGUUCGCGAUUCAAAAAUACAUAACUGAAGGUCUAGCCGUGGAUGAUACCAGCCCAAUGGAUGAUGAAAGUAUUGGAGAAACAGUUGAUGAGUCCGACACCGAUUCGAUGCAGGUCACUUACAAUGCCCCUGGCACGGAGCGGACACAGUCUCACGCUUCUCGGCAGCGAAACGAGGUGUCUCCGGAUAAGUCUCAGAAACAGAAAGAGGAGUCAACAAUGUCGAUGGCGUUUCGAGUCAAUCUAGUGGAUGCUCAGGUUAUCCUCAUUGCAGACCCAUUGUCAUCAAGCUCCGAGGCGAUCGUUUUGAGUAUUCGACAGGUUCUGCUCUCUAAACAGCAUGCCCUAACCUUCCAGAUCUCGGAAACCGGCAUGUUCUGGUGCCGAAUGGAUAAGUUUGACACCUCUCGCCUGCGCAUCAUUGAUGACUUUUCCAUUCAAUUAAACAUGGACAACUCACAGGUUGGGGUGACCGGCAUUCAUAUUGACGUGGAGCCCCUCAUUCUGCGCCUUUCUCUCCGUGAUAUCCUCCUGAUUUUGCAGAUUAUCAGUAGAGCUAGUGAGCUGUCUGGAAACGAGACAAAGGAUCCGCCGGAAACAGCGGCGGAACAGAAAGCUAGAGAACUACGAAAUGCCGGAUUGAAAUACAAGUCUGCCAGUGGACGUGGCCAAUCGACAAUUGCCAAAACCAGGGGCACGAAGACUAUUACUGGAAGAACAAUUCAUCCACCAACAAAGCCACAACCAGUUACGGUACCUGAUCGCGAGGAGCUCUCUGCCACUAUUGAUGGAGUGCGUAUUGUUCUCAUUGGUGAUUUGCAUGAAUUGCCUAUUCUUGACAUUGGCGUCAACAACUUUACGGCUACUGCUGAGAAUUGGUCAUCGAAUCUUAAGGCAGAGGCCGCGAUUAAUAUGUAUUCAAGUGUUUACAAUUUCGCCAAGUCAAGUUGGGAACCACUCCUAGAGCCAUGGCAUGUUGGCCUUGGUGUAGCAAAAGACCCAACGUCUGGGCUGAUAUCCGUUGACGUGGCAUCGAAGAAGACUUUUGAUAUUACUAUCACCACAGCAUCCAUUGCCUUGGCCUCCAAGUCCCUGACAUUUUUGACUUCCGAGCAAAAUGUCCUUGAUAAGCCACGAGGAGUUGAGGCACCUUAUCGUAUCAGGAACUAUACAGGCUUCGAUGUGGUACUUCACUCCAAGAGCCCUAGUAGUGAGGAGCCUAUGGGUCUUCGACUCGAGGAUGGGGCUGAACAACCUUGGAGUUUUGAGCAUUGGGAGAAGAUGAGAGAGAAUCUGCUCACCGAAUCUAGCCAGGAUGGGGUUGGCAUUCAACUUGAAGGGAGUGGAUUCGAUCUCAUCAAGAGCGUUAAGCUUAACAGGGAGGGUGAAUUUUUGUAUGGCUUACGACCAAAAACGGAGAACAUUCUACACCGCCUCUGUGUCGAGGUCAAGUUGGGAUCCGAUAAUGUAAAGUAUGUUACGUUGCGGUCACCACUCGUCGUGGAGAAUGCGACAGAGAUUCCGGUUGAACUUGGCGUCUAUGAUGCCCGAGAAGGUCACCUGCUCAAGAUUGAGAAGAUUGCACCUGGCGAUUCUCGGCCGGCGCCUGUUGGCGCUGUGUUCGAGAAACGUGCUCUGAUCCGGCCCGACGGUGGUUUCGGCUACGAAUGGAGUCGAGACCAGCUUUGGUGGAGGGAUUUGCUGCAGAGACCAACGAAGCAGCUUGUGUGUAAUGGAGAGAAUGGCGAUCCGUUCUAUUUCCAGGCCCACGCCCAGUUUGACAGAUCCAACCCUAUAACGAAAAUAUACCCGCAUAUGAAGAUCAAGUUGUCCGCCCCUGUUACCCUUGAGAACCUACUGCCCUAUGACUUCAAGUACAGAAUUUACGACAAGAACACGAAAAAGGAUUGGUCAAACUUCUUGCGCAAAGGCGGAGUGAGUCCAGUGCACGUCGUGGAGCUCUCACACCUCUUACUGUUGAGUAUCGACAUGCAAGAUACCGUCUUUAAACCUAGCGAUUUCUCAAUCAUUAAUUCUGGGAACGUUGAGGACUUCCGAAAGGAAAGCCGGAUUGUUGUCAAAGAUGACCAAGGGUUGCCGUUGAACCUGGCGCUGCACUACUUCAAAAUCCCCAAUAGUGGAGGUGCGUUUAAGAUUACUGUGUACAGUCCCUAUGUUGUUCUCAACAAGACUGGCCUUGACCUCCGAAUUCGUAUGAAGAGUUUUUUGCAGCAAGCGAAACCGGCUGCAGGUCAGUUCCCGCUUGUUGAUACCUCGGACCGUGAACGACCAAAGGCUCUGCCAUUCAUGUUUUCGUAUGGAAAUGAUGAUAAUCGCAAUCGAGCGCUACUAAAAGUCGAUGAGUCGGAAUGGAGCAAACCUCAAAGUUUUGAUGCCGUUGGAAGCACGUCCGAGGUUGUUUUGAACUCUGCCUCCAAAACCAAGGAAAUCCACGUUGGUAUCACUGUCAAAUCCGGCGAAGGAAAGUACAAAAUGACCAAGGUUGUCACGCUGGCACCUCGAUUUGUGCUUGAGAACAAAUUAGGCGAGGAAAUAUUGGUUCGGGAGUCGAGCUCGUCUGGUUACAUGACAUUGAAGCCUGGCGCAUUGCAACCACUACACUUUAUGCAAAAGUCGGCGGUCAAGCAACUCUGCCUUUGCUAUGCUGGUGUUGAUAACCAUUGGACAUCUCCAUUCAACAUCGCCGACAUUGGAACAACACACGUCAAAAUAGCAAAGGCUGGUCAACGCCAACGAUUGCUGCGGGUUGAAAUUCUGCUUGAAGAUUCGACAAUCUUCCUUCACCUGAGCAUGGAGACCAAGAACUGGCCAUUCUCAAUGCGCAACGAGAGUGAUACAGAGUUUACCUUCUAUCAAGCCAACCCGAACGUUGACGAGGAUGAUGUUGAAGACGGAAGCGGUUGGCGGCCUAUACGGUAUAGGCUGCCUCCUCGAAGCAUCAUGCCGUACGCAUGGGAUUUUCCGGCGGCCAAAUUCAGGGAAGUUGUCAUCACCACGAACAACAAGGAGCGUCACGUCAAGUUGGCUGAAAUCGGCAACCAAAUUCCAAUGAAGUUUAUCACUACCUCUGGCGACCAGAAGAUUAUCGACAUCAAUGUUGCAGCGGAUGGGCCGACACAAACACUUAUUCUGAGCAACUUCCGACAGAGUAGAAGUAUGUAUAGACCUAAGGCUCUUUCAAGAACCACCAGCGGCCCUGAAGCAUUCGAAGUCAAGGAUCAAGAUACAGGCGCAACAUUCCGGGCCCAACUCAAGCUUUCGGGCAUUGGCAUCUCGUUGAUCAAUGCUCAGCUGAAGGAGUUGGCCUAUAUCACAUUUAGAGAUGUGCAAUUGCGAUUCAGCGACUCGCCUCUGAUUCAGACGGUAUCACUGGCAGUUCAAUGGAUGCAAAUUGACAAUCAGCUCUACGGCGGCAUCUUCCCAAUGGUCCUUUACCCCAGUGUGGUACCAAAAAGGGCAAACGAGGUGGAUGCCCAUCCGUCUCUUCAUGCGAUGGUCAGCCGCGUCAAGGAUGAGUCGUACGGCGUUACUUAUAUAAAGUAUGCCAGCAUUCUUCUUCAACAAAUGACGGUUGAACUCGAUGAGGAUUUUGCGUUUGCGCUGUUGGACUUCUCUAAUGUUCCUGGCGCCAGCUGGUCCAAGGUGGAGCAGGAAGGUAAACUGUGUGACGAGGAUCUGGACAUUCCCGAGCCUUCCCAACAGCAGGGUGGUCAAGACAUUUACUUUGAAGUGCUCAACAUUCAGCCUAUGCAAAUCGAUCUGAGUUUCAUGCGCACUGAGCGUAUCAAUGCGGAAGACAAGACCUCAUCACGGAAUCCCAUCAUGUUCUUCGUGAAUGUCCUGACAAUGGCCAUUGGAAACGUCAAUGAUGCGCCGAUUCGAUUCAACGCCCUGAUAUUGGAUAAUGUACGCGUUUCAACACCAGUACUUAUACAAAACAUCUCAAACCACUACAGCCAAGAGGUUAUGUUUCAGCUUCACAAGAUUCUGGGCUCUGCUGACUUCCUCGGCAACCCCGUGGGCCUCUUUACCACCAUCUCUUCUGGUGUCACUGACAUCUUUUACGAACCAUACCAAGGACUUAUUCUUUCGGACAAACCAGAAGAGUUUGGAUAUGGAAUUGCCAAGGGUGCCGCUUCGUUUGCAAAAAAGACUGUGUUUGGCUUCAGCGACAGCUUCUCCAAGUUCACUGGUAGUCUGAGCAAGGGUCUCGCGGCAGCAUCACUGGACAAGCAAUUCCAGGACCGGAGACGCAUUACGAAAGCGAGAAACCGACCAAAGCAUGCGCUGACUGGUGUCACCGCUGGUGCCAACUCAUUGCUUACAAGUCUUGCGUCGGGUGUAGGCGGCUUGGCUCGAAAGCCGCUUGAAGGCGCAGAGCAGGAAGGUGCUUUUGGGUUUAUCAAAGGAGUCGGAAAGGGGGUGCUCGGUCUGGCAACCAAACCUGCUGUUGGCGUUUUGGACAUGGCAAGCAAUGUCAGCGAAGGCAUUCGCAAUACUACGACUGUAUUCGAUGGCCAGGAACUCGAUCGCAUACGAUUCCCGCGGUUUAUUCCAAACGAUGGAAUUGUUCGACCGUACAACAGCCGCGAGGCAAUGGGGCAGUACUGGCUGAAGCAAGUGGACAACGGAAGGUAUUUUGACGAGCAAUACAUUGGCCAUCUAGAAUUGCCCAAGGAAGAUAUGGUCGUCAUGGUCACAUUUGCUCGUAUACUGCUUAUUAGGUCUAAACGACUAACCAGCGAGUGGGACGUGCCUUUGAAGGACAUCCAGACGAUUGCCAAGGAACGAACCGGUGUGAGCCUUGUCUUGCGAGGAGGAGCAAAUGGGCCUUUUAUUCCAGUUGGAGGCGGAAGUGAGAGAGCGUACCUGUACAAGAUGAUUGGUGUCGCCGUUGAGGAGUUCAAUCGCAGGUUCAGAGGAGGGGAGUAA